AUGGAGCACCGAACCCGCACGCUGAAUGCGUCGGAGCCUGAAAGUGGGAGGGGCGGGCUGGAGCGGUGCGGUACGGCGGCCGGCCGAGUUCUAGGCUUCCCGGCCGUCGGAGCCAUGUUCCGCGUUCUUAAGUCUUUACACGUACGGAACACCGACCACGGCCCGGACGACGACUCGACGGAUGCUGUUCUGACUUUGCCUGUGCCGUUGCCGUUGCCGGGAGGCUGGUCACGCAAGCCCCCCGGAGAUGGUGAUGAUCGGCCCCUCCUGACGGCUGAUGGUUCACGAAGACACACCCCUCUUCUCCGCUAA